CGUACGCAUCGCCCAGACAUACGAUUUGCAAACCUAGAACUAGCCUAAUUUGAUUUUAAAAAAUCGAAACUUCUUAGUUCCCAAAUGUCGUCAUGGAUCCUCGUCGCUUUAGGGGAUGGAUAUUGUUGGUAAUUUUGGCCAGACUUGUACUUGUAGCUGAGCCUAGCGAAAAUACAGUUUCUUUGGCUGCAUUAGCCAAGAAUGGGUGGCAUUGCUAUGACGGGAGAGAAGCGCCUAGUGAGCUACCAACGGAUAGAGCACCAUGCCUGAAAGUCAUCCACCCCACGAAUGGAUUUGCCAUCAUCCCCUCCUCCGAGGAUCAUUUCCGGUUCGUCAUUGGUGUCACCCCGCCGGAAGCUCAUCGGCCGUCCUUGCCCAUCCACAUUGAAUGGUUGGAGAUAAAGAAGGGAAACACACAAGAAACUGGACAGUUGCGUCAAAUCCAAGAGUGCCAAAACCAGCGGGUUUGUGAAGUCAGAAUCAGCCGAGUGGAGCCGCACCAGGCUGUGUACCUAUUCCACGUUUCAGUCGGCUACCUAGGACGAGCACCGACGGCGUCGGAUGACAUUCUUUUGGAGGUUGAAGAUUCAGGAACAGACUUUACUGCGGACCUGGCUUCCGCCUCCAAGUAUCAACCACCUCUACCGCCAGCUGUUACUACCGGAGACCAAAACCCGGUCCUGUUACCAAGAGACCGACAAAACUCCCGGCCCGCCCCUAGAAUGGUUCAAGCGGACGACAGUCACCGUACCGAUGCGCCUAUGUUCUUUGAAGCCGACGACCAGCGGGCAGAGGGCGGGCCAUGGGAUCGGGUACCGGAUCAAAAUGGAGUCCUUGGACCGAGCGAUGAAGAUGUGAUGAGUUUCAAUGAACGGACCGACCUUCCAUUCAGGGCCUCAGUGACUCGUAGACGUGCCCCGGUCAAUCGUCCCGUAUCCUUGCCGGACACUGAUGUAGACUAUGAUUAUAGUGAUCGCCAAGUGAUGGGAAAGUUGCCUCCUGCUCAUCACGGGCGAAUAACCGAUGAUUAUUAUGAUGACGAUGCGGACUUCCCGAUCGCCGAAACAAGAGACAAUCUCCGGGAUCCUGUGAGGCACCCACUCAGACUGCCACAGCCGCCACGUCUUCUCGACGAAUCACAACCGGGCUCACUUGUGGGCUUAGGAAACACAGAGGAGGACACUGAGGUAGAUAAUACUGAAUUGCUGUUGGAUGCAAUCGACUCUAUUAAUGAGAAGCUCAGUCCAGCCACGACGACUCCAAGUCCGGCUGUUGUCAAUAGAAACAUGAAGGUUCUCUCUAAAGGUAUAGACGACGUUCGGACGAACGUCACCAAGAUUUUCGGCCUUCUAUCAAACAGGAAAAGGCAAGCCGACACUUAUUCUAAGGAGACCGGUGGUCAUCACGAGAAACCGAAAUUAACGGACAGGACGUCCGAGAAGAAUGGGACUAGGAAUGACUCAUUACUGGGUGAACUGGGACAGAUAGUCCAUGGUCUUCGUGAUCAGAAAUGUAGGCACCUAUUGAAGACAUACACGGACUUCAAGAAUCGCUUGCACUCCACGAAACACCCCUCAGGUCAAGUUUCGAAGCCUGUAGAUACUGACGAAAACGAUGAACACGAUGCCGAUACAAGCUUAGACAGUCCAUCAGUAGUAAAGGGCGCCCAAAGACGCCUCGCGAGCAUUUCAGGCAACAGUGGCGUAAAAGGUGACUUCCUAAAAAUGUGGAAUGAAAUUGGUUUGACAGGGGACGACGCUAUGCCGAAUCAGCAUCGGAGAAGAAAAACGAAGCAGGAAGUCAAUAGUAAUGGAGAAAAGGCAGAAGGGAAACACAACGAUGCUACUCAUUUCGAUGAAAAACCGAAGCUGAAUGGAUUCUCGGAACCCACAACAGAUGGAAAUUUGCAAACGGAAUACAUGACAAUUUUGACCCCAGAGCCAGGAGUUCUUGUGCGACAAGACUUAAUUGUCCAUCCCAAUCCGGUUACCGACGACCUACGAGAAGCUGACCUGCUUCCCGAUGACAAUCUCCAAACAAGGAUGAAUGUGAUCAUCACGCCCGAGCCGGACGUGUUUCUCAGGCAGGACCUCGUCCUUAUCCAUCCCACACCGACACAGGCGGAGUCUUAUGACAGUGUCCAAAAUCCAGAAUCGGGUGGGAGCUUUGAACAAAGCCAGAAGGAAGACAACUUCCAGACGGAGCUGAGAGAGAUCGUCACUCCCGAACCCGGCAUUAUUCUCCGACAAGAUUUGGUCCUGAUCCAUCCAGAGAAUGGAACUACUUCGCAUGUUACUAACCAAAUUCAACCGCCAGAUUUAUUUCUAGAACCAUUCCCUCACCUAGAAGAAAAGGUUGAGUAUCAGACUGCCUUAAUACCGACUGUCAUUGGAAAGAUUACCAAAGGGCAUAGGACACAGGUGCAUGACCUGGAGGCUCAGUCGUCUACCAAUUCCCCACAAGACGUCGGAUUUGAAAUAGAGUUUGACGACACAGGCAUAUUUGACGACGGUGCAGGAACGUCUCAGCCAACUCAGGCACCUCCCAUUGAAACACGAAGCAUGACAGCUAAGCUACUGGAUGGAGAAAUGGCAAACGUAGAUCAGGUAUUUCAUCGUCUCAAACUCGGUCCGAGUGUGAUGCCGCAAACUUCAACUAGAAGUCAAAAGCCGGAUUUCAAAGGUCCAAACUCGUUGCAGAUUUAUGAAAACCCAUUCCCAGAUUUAAACCCUGUGCCAACACAGCGACAGAAAGAAGAAAAUGUGAAACUUCCCCUCCCCGUAGAUUCCCAUGAAAAUGUCGAUAAUCGCAAGCACAAAUUGGUCAACGUCUCCAUCACCGGAAAGGUUGAGGCCGGUAACUUGGAAUAUUUCUCUGAAAUGUUGGAUCUUCUCAAAGCCGGCGAAGCUUCCAGUCAACUGACAAAACACCUGCUGCCACCCGCUGACGGGCGGGGAAACAACUUGGUUUUAAUCAACCAAGAGGAUCAUGGUAUCUACAUAGGCAACCGUGAUUUCGAGUCGGGCGGCGUCCAACCGAACAUUACUUUAGCUGAUGAAAAAGGCGACUCUUCCAGUCGGAUUGGAAAAAUAGUCAGUGGACACCAGCACCGAAAGAAGCCGUCAAGGGAGCAGAUGGAUAAAACAAAGAUACACAUUCAUAUUGAAGACGAUGAUGGGUACCAAGUAAAUAUUCAUAAAGAAGCGGAAGCUGAUUCGAGCAACGGUGGCAGUGGUGGGGUGCAACAGGCCAAGAAGUCGCGUAAAAAUGCGUGGAAAUCCAAAAGUGAAGAUAACGAUUUCGAAACAAACGAGGAGAGGGAUGAGAUGGAUUUCGGUGACGACAAUGAUGAUACUUUGGCAGAUGAUGAGGAAAUGGAUCAGAUUGAAAAAGAGCUGAACUCAGUUGAUAGGACGAGAGUGAGACGUGCCCGGAGACAUCUCGGGGUCACUGGAGGUAAGCGGUUGGUCCUUGAGCAAGACAGCAAGAGAGAACAGAAAAUGACAGGAGCCAAAGACCGGAGGAAGUUGACAAAUACAGGUGCUAACCCGUCACCUGCUGACGGCAACCAGAAGCGCAGCAACCGGUUACGACGACAGGAUCCGGAGUAUGACCCUUCUGGUCAGGUGCAAGUGAAACCCCCGCCGUCAUCCGAUCAAACCGACCCCGUGACAACUUCUCCGGAGUGGUCGGACUGGAGCAGCUGGAGUUCCUGUUCAGAGACCUGCGGCAAGGGCAUACUCGUCCGCAAGAGGACGUGCUCGCCGGAGAAUCGGGACGACCUUUGCACCGGUAGCGGCGAGGAGAGUACGGAGUGUAUUGUCGACGCGUGCCUGGAAGAGGAGAAGGCCGAAGAUAUUGUUCAAGAGGAGGGUCACAGCACAGAGAUUGAUUGCCGGUACGACACGAGCAAGACACCCACGGAAAUCUACUGGAUGAGCCCGACUGGGGAGAAGAUUACUAAGGAGAGUGUCGCCUUCAGUGACAAAUUCAAGAUAACGGGAAGCCAGCUGAUAGUACGCGGUGUUCAGAGCGAAGAUGCAGGAACCUAUCACUGCGUCGUCAUCAUGGCCGAUAAUACGAGCGAGACAGCGGAUGCUAAGAUCGACGUGCUCACUUGCAAGAACAACCCGUGUAAGAACGGCGGCUCCUGCGUGGAACACGAUGGCAGUAACGGGCAUCUGUUCCAGUGUGUAUGUACCGUCGAAUUUGAGGGCCACACGUGCGACCAAGUCUCCUCGCUUUUCAUCGGUGAUACGUCCAUGUCCGUGAUAGCAUUUUGUAUUCUCGUCGCUGUUGUAGUUGGACUUUUCUUCUUCUAUAAGAACAGAAAACCAAAAAAGAGAGAACCUUCGCAGCCAGGUGCCUCUCCCACCACCGUCAUACAAAUGGACUCUGUCCCUCCCGACAAGCCUCUUCUAAGCGAUGCCGAAAUCGACCUGUUCAGGGAAAUCUCGCGAGAGGAAUUCAAGAACUUCAAGUCGUCGCAUUCGUACAGUUUGUUCAAGGGCAAGAAGGAGAGCACGCCCCAAGCAACUUUAGACACUACGGAGAUUGUCGAACCGAUCACCGAAGCUGACAGAGAAGGCCACGAUGGUCUUGACGAGAAGCCAUCGGUGACUGGCUCCAAGGAGAGCCAAUCAGCCAUGCAUAAGGAGUCCGUACCUGAUGCAACAUCGAGAAGAAAGUCCAGUAAGCAGAUUGCGUCGACAGAAAAAGUUGUGGGAACGCCAACUAAGAAGUCUUCUUCAGCCGAGUCGGUCUCUCUCCCACCGUCUCCAGCACCAGCGAUUGAACAGGUGGAGCAGCAGCGAUCAACCCAUAUUGCUCUCUCCCCGUCACAGGGCCAGGCAAGUGUUGAGGAUGUACUAUCGUUGGCAGGGUACCAGGAGAGUAAACCCAGAGGUGGGAGCGUGUCCAGCGUCUUGUCCGGUCCUGUCCCCGUUUCUCCACUCACCAUGCAGAAACGGAGCUCGCUGGUCGACAGCAAGAUAAGGUCCAGCGGCAGUUCUGUAUCCGGCGGGUCAACUCACUCGCGGUCGUCAAUCUCUAGAGCCAAGAAGGCAUUAUUUACCGCUAGCCAAACAGAACAUCUCUCCAGCCGCCACAGCGUGAUAUAUGAUGAAGACAGGGAAGCAAUCACGGGUGGCGUCUCCAUGGCAACUGUAUCACGUCAUAGCCGCGGGAGUCAUCCCAGGGUCGACUCUGCCGUGAUGCUAUCGAGGACAGGUUCCGUUUCUACGAGCAGUCACGCAGCUCCCUUGAUCGUCAAGUCAUCGUCUGGGAAACUACGAGCCGUCAGGUAUGAAGAACACAUCCAGCAGCGGACUCCAUCCUUCCAGGAGUCGCCUCCGCCAGUCGCUUCUCCUAGGCCACGAAGGAGCUCCGUGUACAGUUCUCAUUCUGCGACGCUUGACACUGGGCGAGUUGAGGGAUCACAAGCAUGGAUCCCAAUUGAAGAGUCAACAACCUACGAAGCUCAGCCUGUCAUAAAAACGCAUACACCAUCGGAAUCUGAAAGCCUGAUCAGGGAAACUUCUCUCCCUCUGUCGUCAGCAGGUUCACUCGAUUCCUGCCGCCAGUCGGACAUCAAACAAGUGACACAGGUAACAGCUUCCAUAAAGGAUCUUUCAAGGCAUUUAGUCUCUGAUGCAGGACCUUCGAGUGUUUCAGUUGCCAAUGACAAGCAGUCUGAGAAUGCCAAGAGCUUGUCGGAGGAUGCCACUUACUCUGUAGCCGAGACGCAGGUGUAUCAACAUCCAACGUACGAAAGUCUCUCCAAAAUGAACAUCUCCAAGAGUAAGAUCUCCGGCACUGGGGGCUCAGCAGCUUCGACCGUCUGUACGGCCCCACUUAUUGUCAAGUCGUCUUCUGGCAAUCUCCGCGCCGUUGUCCCUAAGGAGCAGUCGGACAUCAAACAAGUGACCCAGGUAACAGCUUCCAUAGAGGAUCUUUCAAGGCAUUUAGUCUCUGAUGCAGGACCUUCGAGUGUUUCAGUUGCCAAUGACAAGCAGUCUGAGAUUGCCAAGAGCUUGUCGGAGGAUGCCACUUACUCUGUAGCCGAGACGCAGGUGUAUCAACAUCCAACGUACGAAAGUCUCUCCGAAAUGAACAUCUCCAAGAGUAAGAUCUCCGGCACUGGGGGCUCAGCAGCUUCGACCGUCUGUGCGGCCCCACUUAUUGUCAAGUCGUCUUCUGGCAAUCUCCGGGCCGUUGUCCCUGAGGAACACCAUAAGCAGAGAAGACAUACACUAGCGGGUUCACCUAAAUCAUCAGAGUCUUAUACGAGACGAAGCUCUGUCUUCAGCUCACCAAGAGUUGGUUCAGUUGCUUCUACAAAAAGGUCCAGUGGUGUAUUGGAGGAGCCAACCAUGGGGACGGCCAUUACUCCCUCCGAGGAAGAAGGUACCCAAGCCGCACAGGUGAGCCGGCCGUCUAAAUUUGGCUUCCCGGCCUACACUCGGAGGUUCUCCCUGCCGCCAGACCCUGGGCCUCCCAUGGAUGACAUAACAGAGAAACCAUCUUCCCAUGAGGGCCGAGAAACCACCGAGGUUAGUAUUAUGCGAAGAGCAUCUUCUCUCGGGAGCUGUUUGUCGCAUGAAUCUCAUGCCAGCUUACCCAGCGCCGUCCUGACAGCAAAAGAGAUAUCGAGGGUCCUCUCUGGGAAAACGUUAUCAUUCGUAAAUGCCGAGCAAAGCGCCUCGACCGAGGAGUUGCCACCCAAGUCUGCUUCACAGGAGGAUCGGAAGAAUCUCAUCACUGCAUCAUCAUACCACACUGCCAUCACAGACUUCAGCGAUACCAACAAUGCAGAUGUUGAAGAAAAGACCCCGAGUCUAAUGCUGGAUUCACAAACGCAUCUUGAAAGAGACACCCACGAUGCAGACUCCAUUGCCAUGGCAACUUCUCAUCAUUGGCAGCCGCUUCCAGAAUUUGACCAAAUGGAUGAGGAGUACGAGGAGAGCUUGCAAAGUCAGCAAACGGAUAUGCUACGUGUCACGCAGUCUGAAGAAAAAGCACAGCCUGUACUCUCUUCAACACCCAAAGUAGCGUCCACUGUAGGCAUGGCAUCCUCUAAAGAUGAGCUUCUCUCUGACUGGAGGCCGCUUUCAGAAAACCCAAGUGUGGACGGAGGCACAGACGUUGACUGUACCAAUGUCAAUAGAGUAAUCAGCAGUGGCCUGGGACCAGUAAUCCCAAUUGCGAAUCCGGAUGACAACAUGGCAGUGGUAGACUCUGAACAUGCUGAGCAGGACACAUCCCAAACGAGGCGUGGUUCCAAAUUUGGAUACCCGGGUUACGUCGAGAGGUUCUCGCACCUCGGGGACAACUCAGAAACCCCAACCAGUGACCACACUCUAGUGGAACACCCGACCGAAGACCAGAUUCACGAUUCUCUGCUGGCUACAUUAGCAAAUCUCGUGGACGAGCCGUCAGAAUCUCUCUCGAGUUCCCAGGAUGACGAAGACGAAGCCGAUUUGCCGUUUGACGAUGCUCGUGAAAGGAUGUCAGAGCGAGAGGAUUAAGACAGUGGAUCAGGGCAGAUAAUCCAUUUGAAAAGAUUAAGAGAUUAGAUACGGAAGGAAAUUAGCGGCUCUAACCCUCGCAAGUUGGAACUUUGGAUGAAGAGUAAGCCUCUUGUCCCACGUGAACGUCACAGCGAAACUGUGGACCAUUUCUUGUAACUCUUGAAAACUUUGACGACAAAGGAGGAAUAGGCAAAAGACUUUCACCUCCUCCAUCAAAAGGAUUAGACUUUGAGUUAAUGCAACGCAGGUUUGUUUUUUAAAGUUUCCAACAAAGUUAUAUAAGUUUCAGAAACACUUCAAUAAAGAGGCAAUGUUCAUUUAUGUCGUUGGAAAUGAUUAUAGAUACUGAAUAAUUUAUUUCAGUUGAUUUAAAUUUUAUGAAAUGUAAGCAGCUCAACAGCAUUUAAUGAAAGUUACAAUUUGAUUAACGUCGUUGCGUUUUUUUCAUUAACAAUUUCGACUGACAUGUUAAAAAGAAAUACAAAUACUGAGUAUUGUAAUACAACAACAUUGACCGCAUUUGUGCUUGGUAUAAAAAUAAAAUCCACCGCCGAUUACUUUCACAGAGCAGGGAUUUUAAAAGGUCACGAAAUAUGUCAUUUAUAUUCAGGCCUCUUAAAGCUAAUAUACAUAUCACCAAUUGUAAAUAGUGAAAGACCAAAGCCGAUUUUGUAAGGUUGAAUAAAAAGUUUGCAACACAAAAAAAUGUAAAAAGU